AUGGGGGAUCUGAAUCGAACGGAAGAGCAUCGGCAGCGGGUUGCUGGAUGGGUUCCGGUUGUAAAGCUCUUGAGUGAUCAGCGCCUCCGUGUGGCCAUUAUCGGCCGUAUGAAUGGUGGGAAAUCAUCGCUGUUUAAUCUUCUGUGUAUGGACCCCACCAUCCCAAAAAAGAAAAACAUCGUGAAGGACUUUGAAGGCAUCACGCGGGAUUCCGUCGAAGGUCAUGGCGUGCUGAACGAUAUGCACUUCACCAUCAUCGAUACACCUGGUUUUAUGGAUGGCAACAUUGUCGAGGAGUCUUUCCGGUCGAUUGAGACCGCGGAUGCUAUUAUGUUUGUUGUAGCCGUUGAUCAGGACAUCACGGAGGAGGAGUACCGCUUGGCGCAGUUUAUCGCGAUAAAGCAGGUCCCCGCCUUUCUCGUGGUGAAUAAAAUGGACCUGGUACCGAUGGAGCAUGAGGCGGCUGCCCUGGCGAGCUAUGAAGGGCUUCGACUUGGCCAUGCGAUCCCGCUCUCCACACGGAGACGGGAGGGAUUAGACCUCCUCGCGGCUGUUAUGGAGCCCUUGUACCACAUCCACACCAUGUACAAAAUCGAGAACGAUUGGGACAUCGAAGAUCUCGCGAUGCAGGGGGAUGCGGGCGCCAUGGAGGAGAUUCAAGACCGAAACUGCACCGACAGGUUUAUUCGCGUCGCUAUUGUGGGCCGCACAAAUAGCGGCAAGACGAGUUUGAUCAAUCGGCUGCUGGGAUUUGAGCGGAAUCGCGUGGCCGACGAGGCGAACACCACGCGCGAUCCGAUCGAGCUGCCGUGUGUGUACAAAGGGCGGAAACUGAAGUUGAUCGACACGGCCGGCCUGACGCGCCAGCGCUUUCAGGUCGACCGCGAGUUUAUUGGCCGCCUUCACGCGCUCUCCAUCAACGAAAUUCGCUACGCGCACGUGGUGGUCGUCGUCUUCGACGCGACUGAGGGACACCCGAAUAAAUACGACAUGGCCAUCCUCCACCGCGCGGCGGCGGAGGGACGACCUUUUCUGCUCUGCGCAAGUAAGUGGGAUGUGGUGCUGGACCAGGGCGCCACCGCCGAGGCCAUCGACUUUAAGAUCAAGCGCCAGGUGCGGGAAGUGAAGUACGCCAACGCGGUCGUGGUCUCCGCUCAGAGCGGGCUUAAUCUCACCCUCCUGCUGGACCAAGCUCUCGGGCUCUACGACCUGUGGAAUCGACACGUGGGGCGGGCCGAUCUGACGCGGUUUUGGCGCCGGCUGGAGCGCUCUGUCAUCCUUCCCCACCACGUCGCGCGUAUCGGGCGAAUCACGCAGGUGAAUAUCCGCCCACCCACCUUCCGCCUGCAGCUUCAAACUAAGGACGACUCCAAUCUGCUCCCUAAGGCUAUGCAAGAAAUGCUCAAGAAUGCUCUCAUCGAAGAGUUUGACUUUAAGGGAGUGCCAAUCCGUCUCAUUCAAGACGUCAGGGACUCUAAUCCCGAUUAUAUUUAA